GUGUUGAGGUGUGGUGAGGAGGGUGUGGUGACCAGUGUGGUGAGGGGCCAUGCUCAAGUGGUUGGUGACGAGGGGCCCCACCAGCCACCCCCCUAAAGAAGUGUUGACCGAUGACCCUUUGGCCACUCUCAGGGUCAACCCCAAGGCCAGCGAACACCACAUAUAUGCUGUGUCUAGAGUCAACCCGCUGUACAAUGAGGAGGAUGCGGAGAAUGUGGAGGACAAGAACCAGGAGACCAACAUCAGUGAGCAGAAGGGGAACAACCCCCCUGAGUCUCCACCGAUUGACCGAAGCUCCGUCCGGUCGUCAGGUUAUGGCUCUAAGGAGACAGAUUCUGUGUCCGAGAGAUCAGAAGGUCAUGAUGAAGAUGAUCUCUUGGGGGCAGAGGUCGAGACAGCGCUUCGGUCGACUCCUGCCCCGCCUGCCUUCAGUGACCAAAAGCCGAGCUUGAAGGAAGGAGCAGCGGGUCGAGGAAACAAGACCACGCCAUCAGUUGCUGAAACAAGUAAACCAGUUGAAGUAUCAGCAAGCUCAGGCAAUGAGACACCAACUGUGAUAUUAGCUGGGGGAAAACCUGUAGCAACCAUUGUUACUCAGCACCCACAGUUUGUUCGUGGUAUUGAGGUGAAUCUGCGUCGUGCCAAGUCUCUGGAAACCCUCGGUAAACAGCGUAUGAUCCAGAACCUGGGGUCCACUACAGUGCCACGUCCCAUCUGGCCACGAGUAGGAAGUCUUGUUGGUGAUUUGCCACAGACGAGUCGGCGGGGUUCAGAUCCACUGCAACAUGUACAAGAAUUUCCGAAUUCGCAAGAGUGUGAACCUCAGCGUGUCCCCAGUCCAGUUGAUAUUUUGAAGCAAGAUUUUCGUUAUGUAACGUCCAUAGAUGUGACACCCUUACGACCUCUCUCACGUGCCAAGACCUUCAACCCAGGGCAUCCCAAUCCCGUGCCAGGAAGUGCCAAUACCCCAAGCCAGCUACACUUACAAGAUGGCAUUGAUGGUAAUUCCAGCAUUACCAGAUACUUUGGAGAUGAGCAUCAUAGAUCAGGCUACCCACUCAUGUCUUUACAGCCAGACUCGCUGGUGACUGAGGACACCCUCCGCAUGAUGAGGUACGGCAGGGAAGAUGACCUCGAGGAAGAAGACUAUGAAUCGCCCAUCCAGGUGACAGAGAAAAGAAACUCUGCUCCCUUGCCAGACUUUAGUCAGGCGACAUACACAAGAGGUCUGUAUGCUACCCUAAACAGAGCUGCUUCACUCAGUAGCAAAGAUAUUAUCAAACCUUAUAAAACCAGAAGCAAGAGUUUCGACAUUGCUGUUUCUAACCACAAGAGCUGCGCCAAAAAGAGAGGUUUAAUAGCAGUGAAAGAUUUAUGGGAAAAAAGUGGUUUAAAGACUAACGGUAGAAAACUUAUAGUAAAUGUUGAUGACUUGUUAGACCAGUCCGAGGAGGAUCCGUCAAGAAGAUUGUCUGAAGGAAGUAGUGUAGAGCAACUGAGAAGCUUUAGCUCAACAGUGGUUAAUGAAGGACACCUCCAUCGACUACCCAGCGACAACACCACCUCAACCAACGCAACCUCUAACACUUACGAAGAACUCAACAGCUUCGAGACCAAGGAUACCACUAGUCACCCAUCCCUUGAAACUAACCCUUCUGGCAGUUACGCUGAGAUAGGCGAUGUUGUACUAGAGGGUAUUGACAACCCCGCCUUCCUUGAUGACAGUGGCCGCCCGAGAUACCCCAGCCCGCCACCCAUCAUCCACCACAAUGGUAAACCCCUCAUGCCAGCCAACAGAUUCCUAGAUCCAGAUAAACUUGCAGCAUUCCAGAAGAAAAUCAGUGAGAAGCUUCAGGGUGCUCCUCUACACCGCAUGCAGUGGCUAGACCUGGACGAUAUUGUUGUGGAAGACUUUGAGGACAACAAGCAGGAGCGGCGGGUCAAGUUUACUGCUGAUACUGUCAACCCAGGCAGCCUGGAGCGUGGGGUGGGGGGCAGCCACCGUGGUGCUAGACGCUCUCCACCUCUCCCUGGUGGGGCCCUCAAGAUCUUUCAUGACGAUGAUGUAGAGUCCAUGGAAGGAAGGCGGCUUCAGGAGGUCAUUACGAGGCCCAUGAACCAAGAAGCCAACGAUACCGACCACAAAGGCAUAUGGGCCAUUUCGGAAAGCUACCGAGACAGAUUUCAGGAGGCGCCGUCGGGGACUGUGGGCCGAGGGAAACGACAAAAACUAUGGGAAACUUACUAUGGGACAGCAAGUAUGGACCGAACUCUCCCCCGCCACCUGUCUCCUCACCCUAACAGCCAGGCACCCUUUUGUAAUAGUCCUGGGACGUGCCAUGACUUCACACUGGACCUACGCCGCUCAGCCAAACUCCGCCGACGAUCAGUGGCGAGAAAGAAACGGAGACGGUGUUACGCCAUCAUCUUGUUGAUCUUAGCCAUUUCUGUCUUUGUCGGUGUUGUUGUAGCCGUUUCCUUAUAUUAUACCAAAGGAGAAAAGUUCUUUGGACCUAUGUAAGUUUAUGAACAAAAACGCAAUGACAGAUCCUUUAACAGGGCUGUACUGUAUCAUGUUCCUCUACAAGAAACAAAGGAAUUUUUUGCUUCCUGUUUGUGUGUGUAGAAGAUUGUAGAAACUUUAUUAGUGUUACUUCCUGAGAAAACAACUGAUAACACACACGUUUUGACUCCAUGUAUAUUGUGUUGUGAGCUGUGUAUGUAUUGACUCGAGGUUCUUAUAUCCAACAUUGAGAUCACUUAGUCGACACACUGGCCAUUUUAUUUUUCAGGUAACAGUUAAAUGCAUGUUAUAAGGUUAACCAUACAAUCUAUUUAUAUAAUUUUUGUUUUUUCGUAGUUUAUUUAUUUUUUUUCAUUUACAUUUUUCGUAUUUCUGAAAUUACAAAACCUGAUUAUUUGUAAAAUCUCCAUCCAGUAAUGGGUCAGCUUGGGAUGCAACAUAUGAUAUAAACUUGUUCAUUAUUUAGGAGAGGCGUCAUGUGUAUUAAGCCAGCAAAGUGGUGAAAUAGUUAGGGGGUGUUGAUGACCCAUACAGUGUGGUGAAGUAAUUGAUGAAGCCUUACACAUAGUGAACUCACUUGAAUUUAUUGUAACUAUUUUUCAAGAUGGACACCAAGAUGUUACAAAAUUAAACAGUAAUGUUACAAAACUAGACACUCAUUAUACAGAACUAGACAAUAUGUUACAGAACUAUUACAGAACUAGACAAUAUGUUACAGAACUAUUACAGAACUAGACACUCGUGUUACAGAACUAGACAAUAUGUUACAGAACUGUUACAGAACUAGACACUCGUGUUACAGAACUAUUACAGAACUAGACAAUAUGUUACAGAACUGUUACAGAACUAGACACUCGUGUUACAGAACUAUUACAGAACUAGACACUCGUGUUACAGAACUAUUACAGAACUAGACAAUAUGUUACAGAACUGUUACAGAACUAGACACUCGUGUUACAGAACUAUUACAGAACUAGACAAUAUAUUACAGAACUGUUACAGAACUAGACACCUGUGUUACAGAACUAUUACAGAACUAGACACUCAUGUUACAGAACUGUUACAGAACUAGACACCUGUGUUACAGAACUAUUACAGAACUAGACAAUAUAUUACAGAACUGUUACAGAACUAGACAAUAUAUUACAGAACUGUUACAGAACUAGACACCUGUGUCACAGAAGUAUACUCUGUUCAUUCCAAGGUUGCAACCGGGCCAAAUCAAAGGAAGCUCGUGAUUGGUCGAGACUCGUCUGGUGAAUAUGGGCGGCGAUGGUGCCUAAAUAACAACAAAAACCACUGAUCUUUUUCAACUUUGUCACUUAUACUGUAAUAUAUCUGUGUUCUUCGUGCUAAUGUUUACCUCCCUGACUUAAGAUAUCAUUUUAGAUCAACACUUAAUUGUUAAUAUUACUUGAAGCUAGAGAAUAUAAAGAAAAUAUAUUAGAAAUUGAAAAGCUUCAUCUAAAUGAAGCCAACGUACUGUACUUCAUUCCACCAAUCUUUCUUGCUGCUUUGAUAAAAUCUGCCUCAGCUGUAAUGCUCUUGUGAACAGAAUAUAUACAUUUUUAGUCCAUAUAACACGCGGACUUUGAACAUAUAAUCAACGACCUCACCAGCCAGGAAUCGAACCCUCGACCUACUGGGUGGGACUAGGGAA